CUAAUUUGCUUUGAUCAACAUACUUUCACUAAUAUCAAAUAUAUUUAUAUAUGAUAUAAGAUUACGAACAGGUAAUGGAGUACAACUGUAAGCAAUCAUGCAAAUAUUUACAUGUUGAAAUUUACCCUGUUUCUUGUAGUUCUUCUUUUUGCAUUAUGAGAGGCGACCGGUUUGCUUGGAUAUUUCAUUUAAGUACUUAUUUCAUUUUUUCGAGUUUAGCUUUAGUGUAUCGCCGAUCUCUGAGUCUGAGAAAAUAGUUUGUGACCUGGUUGUACCGUUCUCACCCGUGACACAACAAGGAUGGAGUCCUCCGGGACGACGAAGCUGUCGUUCUGCAGCUAUGGAGCUGUGGUCGAUCCAACGUUCUGGCAGGAGCUCGCCAGGAAGAAGCUCGAUGAGUGGAAGCUGGAUGGCGAUUUAGCGACGCCGAUUACUGCGGAUAUUUUGUUCGCACCCAGCAAGGCGAACUUCAGCUACAAGUCUUUCACUCCUCGUACUACAAAUUCGGCAGAUCCUUCAGACGGAAAGGCAAAGGGCACCACGAGUACGAUUAAGCCUUCACUCAAUCCAUCUUUUAGCUCAUCUGCGAGCUGUUUUCAAGCAGAAAAGUGGACACAGAUGAGGCAGAAGAUGGAUUGUAGUAGGUUCUAACACGAGUAGUAGUAGCAGCAGCACUCCGCCUCCAUCGGGGAUAGGAGCAGCCGGGACGCUACGAAACAUGAGCACGAUCGAGGAGUUCAAGCGGUACGACCGCCAGGAUUUAUUGGAUGCAGCGCAGAAGAAGUUAUGGGGGGCACUGAAAGCCGGGGAGCUGUACGGAGAGGCGGUUAUGCUCUGCAUAAGCUCUAUUUGCAUUUUAUAUAUAUUCAUCAACAUGAUCAUCUAGAUCUACUAUUAUUUCAUUCACAUCAAGAUCACUGAGCAGUAGCUCAUUGCUCAGGUUUGUCAUCAACAUCACGUAGCCCGCUCUCACAUUCUGAGCAAUACUAUUCUUGCAAUAAUUGUUGAAUAGUUCUUGCUACUUAAAGUCUACAACGCAUAGUGCAUAGCAUGACUUUCUCGUCGUGCCGGAUGUUGUGUUUCCUGUGGAUACUAGAAAUUAAUAUUGAUAGUACGACUGUAUUUCUACUCGUUAGCAUAUGUAGAAAAAUUACUUAUAAUAAAUAUCUUGUAGGUAGUUGAUAAACUACGGAAUUUCGACUUAGUACUUCUCUAUAAAAAAACUAUAACUCGAACUCAUCUACGAACACUAUAGGUACAUCGAAAUCUUAUAUGACGAACAUUCUUCCCCGCGGCUCCCUUUUCAUUGCCAUGUGCAACCUUGCGUCCUUGUCUCCUUCGCCGAUCUGAAGAAGUACCACUUUUUCUACACAUUGGGUUUUCCGUACAUCAAGCCGACUUGUGGGGUUGACGUGGCUGCAACCGAGGAUGUUACCGACCCUACACUACUAUCGCAGAUAGGGAAAGUCACCGCAUCGGCAUCUUCAGGAGGAUCGCCACUGCCCGACGGCAUUCGACCUCUCGGUUUAUGAUUGAAGCUUGAUUAGCCAGAAGUUUCGAAAAUGUCAGGAUCGAUCAUAUUCAUGAUUAGCUAAGCUUCACCCGUAAUUUUCAGCAUGAUGAUCAGAAUCAUCAGAGUUAUCAUCAUCCUACUUCUAAAGCCGUUUCUUUUUUUCGCACCAUAAGUAUGGUGUCGAAGAUAAAGUAAUCAUUUACAUUUAUUUUUUGGUCUUGCUGCUCUGUGUAUUUUUUACGAAGUUUUUUCAUAUAUCGCGCGGAGCUAUUGCUGUCAGACAACGUGGGAUGUCUUGUUUGGUGGUGCCAAAGAGGUCGCCGUGUAUCUGGACAGUGGCGAUCAGACAGGCGUGUACGACGUUGGUUUCCGAAAUUUUCUUACCAUGCUUUGGCUAGACGAUGGUGGUGGAAGUGGCAGUGGGUCUUAUUUAUCAUUAUGGCUGAUCACAUCCACAUGACGUGAUUCGCAUUGUGCGUGGUACUUAUCUUUUCCACUUAUUGUAAGUAGUACAUUCAUUGUCCAUCAGGUCGGGAGACGGACAACGAUGAGCAUAAAGUAGACAGUGGUGGGUUACACACAGUGUAGAUGAUAUUGAGUUCACAGGAGAUGCAUCCUUCAUAGAGUUAACUCCCUUGCCUCCUAAUGUUACCGCGCAAAGAAGAUGGAGCAGAUAAAGUGGAGGUGCAGUGCUGUGUUGUUCAGAAAGGAAAAACGCCGCAGCUCGUGACCAUCCGAUAUGCCAGUAGUAGUGAAAGCGUUAGGGGAGCUGCGCAGCCGCCUCCCAAAGCUUUUGCAGCAGGGUGAGCAAUUUGGAUUGGCUUAUUCAUUAAAUGAUAAAGUGACACUGACAGAUGAUUUUUCUGUUCGUGUUGUUCAUAUGUAGUUUAUGCUCCAACCGAGGUGGUUCCGCAUUCGUAUUGUACGUUGUAUAUUAUAGAUAUAAUCUUCAUAGGUCUUUGCCUAAUAAAAAUCUCCUUUUGUCAUAAGUCUCCUCCUCUCACACCAGGUGGCUGAAAAACGAGCAAAAUUCUGUGGUGCGUAUGGUGGAUCUUGCCCAAUGGCUAGAUCCAGGCGCUAUUGCGAAGAGCGCAGUCGAUCUGAAUAUCAAGCUAAUGAAGUGGCGUCUCGUCCCGGACUUAGAACCCGAAAAGAUCCAGAAUUUGCGUUUUCUCAUGCUCGGCAGCGGCACUCUCGGCUGCGCAAUAGCCAGAAAUUUACUCGGUUGGGGCGUUCGCCACAUAACGUUCCUUGACUCCAGUAUUUCUUUCUCCCACUAGCCAUGUCCGCGAUUUGCCACAUAGGCAUAGCAUUCCUUGACUCCAGUGUUUUUUUCCCUGUCUUACUUCACGAGCAGGUUUAGUACAGUUGUACAAUCUAAAUUCAUUUCUACUACCGCUUACUUCCGCUAUUUUCUUUGUUGAACGCAGACUCUGAACAUGCUCUAGCACAUACUUACAGCAUAGGAAGAAUAGGUGUGGAGAUACCUGUAGUUCUAAAAAUAGCAACGGAAUCAAGUAGAUCCAGAUGCGGAUGAUGCAGACUUCGUAUGCCGAAUCUGGAUCUUCUUCUCAUUCGAGAACUUGCUCACUUUUUCUUCGACAGGUAUUGUGAAUAUGUCGAACCCAGUGAGGCAAAGCCUCUUUACACACCGCGACGCCGUCGAGCGACGGGGCAAAGCUGAGUGCGCCGCACAGCGCGCAAAAGACGUGAUGCCGGAAUUGGAAGCGGCACAUCAUCAUCUCGAAAUUCCAAUGCCCGGGCACCCAGCCUCGUUCUUAUGACCCUAAAAUGCUUUAGUUUGUGUUUGUCCUCGUUCAUUGAAGAUCUUUGAUUGCUGGGAAUCUAUUAUGUUCCCCUAUCCCGUUCAUGUCAAUUUAUGAAAUACAAAUCUACUUGUAUUUCUAUCAUAGCAGGAGGGUGUUGAACAUAUUACGCAAUUAUUAUGUCCGAUUCCAUUAGUCAGGUAGGGCGACAUCUAAUGCAGUCCGAAGAGAGCAUAGCGAAAUUGGAGAGUUUAGUGGACAGCCACGAUGUAGUCUGUAUGCUAACCGAUUCUAGGGAGAGUAGGUGGUUGCCGAGCCUCCUCGUAGCGGAUCGGCAGAAAACUCGUCCAAUUUUGGGCCUCACCGUUGCUUUGGGGUUCGACUCUUUCGUCGUCAUGACGCAAACGUGUGGUACAUGGUUGAUUUCUUUUUUUGUUUUAUUGUAGCUAUGCACGCACAUACUUCUUGUAACUAUGAUAGCACACAAGACAAGAACAAGAAGAACAACAUACACAUGAUCAUCAUGAUGCUUUCGUAGCUCACUAAAGAGACAGCAGAUUCUAGUGAUGUCCACUGGAUCUCCGCUAAUAUAAAACAAGCAUUCAUUCUGGCUUCAUGCACGUACUGUCUGAUUUUAACUCGCUUUCGCUCUGAUGACAAAAAGUGUCAACUGACUACAUUCAUCGUGAACACAUUGCCAAACAGGCAAUGCUCAGCGCGCGUGUUAUUUCUGUAAUGAUGUGAGCGCACCCACGGAUAGCCUGAAGGAGCGAACACUAGACCGUCAGUGUACCGUAGUGCGCCCUGGUGUGAGCGGAAUCGCUAGUAUGGCUCCCGUUCUUUUCAUAUCUCUAUCUGCUUCAGGGCUCCAUCUAGUAUCAGUUUGAUUGUAUCUCUAUCUGCUUAAGUGCUCCGUCUAGUAUUAUUUGUUUGAUUAUGAUUUUCUUCCGUUUCCAAAGCGUGACGAGCGGUAGUUUUUCCUCAAGCUCAAACGUACACAGGAACGAACAGAAUCGAGACUUUCUUUUGAGUUGUCUUCAUCUGCUAGAAGUAGAAGUUAUGAUCUACGCAGUACUUCCACUAGACAGGACCGUGGCCACAACAUCAACAAGCCCUUUUUCUAACGUGAGUGCCCUCGCCGUGGAACUUGUUGCCGCCAUGUCGCAGCACGCUGAUGGGUUUCAGGCACGUGCUAACGAGUCACUUCUUGGUCAAGUUCCGAACCAAAUCCGUGGAUACCUUUCCGACUAUCGCCUCGUUCCCAUUGAGACCGAGCCAUUCAAGCACUGUGUUUGCUGCUCUGAUCCUAUUAUCGAAGCCUAUCGGAAAGACGUACUAGUAGAACUAUACGUAUAAAUAUGAUCUUUAUCCUACUUGUAAUGUAUGUAGUAGGUCAUCCUGAUCCUGCAUAUCUUAGAACUGCUUGUAAGUACUACCUAGACUAUCUUCGUCUUUCGUUCUUUCCAGACCUUUCGUUCUCCUCGUAGCAUCGUAUUAAACCUCCAGGAAGACUCUGAGAUGGAUAAACAUCCGCGUAACUAAUGUACUUAAAUGACAUGAAAUAUCAAACGAAGAUUGAUGUUAAAUGAAGACUACAUGUCCGCUGUUUACACGCUUGAAUAUUCCGUUUUUUACAGCGCGACCCUUACCUUCCGUUCUUGUUUACACCCUUGUAUACAGGGAUUAGGAUUCGUGAAGAAAUGCGUUGCUGACAACCGGAUACUGGAGGAGAUAUCUGGGCUAAAUGGCAUGAAAUCUACCGUAGAGGCGCAGGCGCUCGAGGCGAUUGACUUAGAGCUUGACGAAGAAGACGAAGAUUUGUGUGUGCUAUAGAAGAGAAGGAUGUUGAGAGGCCUCAUGCUCGAUAUAUUAAUCGGAGCUCGAGGUUACGUCCAUGACAUGACAUGAUGUCCAGGUCGUUCAGCAUCUGAAUAGAGUCUGUGUCUAUAUAUGUGUUGUGUUCAUCUCGUGGAGAGUCAUGCCUAAUCAUGGAAUAAACAACUACUUCUAAUGAAAAUUGCGUGGUACGAUUCGCAUCCAUUGAUUACGAGCUGACGAAUUGGAAUACAAUGAAGUACAUGUAGAUCAUUUGUGGUUAAUGUCCCUUGUAGUUACUCAGUAGAGCUAGAGGACGAGUGUCCUUCACAUGUCUUGUGUAAAAAUCUCGUAGUAAAGUAGAUGUAGAGACGACUCUUGAGCUGAUUGUAUCCAGUUGUAGUACGGAUGCAGUCGCCUUUUCGUGAAGCGACUCUGUCUUUUUUGGCCGUUUGAGGAUUGUUCGACUCUUUAUGAUUCAUAGAUUUUUUACAACCGAUACCGAUACCUAUUGAAUUCGACAAAUGUAGUGUGUCCAUUUCUUUUCCUCAGCGCCGUUGGUUUCACCCCACCACGACUGGAUAUACCACCACUACUGCUGCCACUGUUGAGUGAAGCUCGGACGAGCAAGUGUAUUUUUUGCUGGAUCAUAAGGAUGGAGUUCUCCUGAGCAGCUAGAAGACUGACCAACCAAGGAUUAUGAUGUUGAUCCACUACAUCUACAUCUAGUACCAAAUAAGGCUACUUACAUGAUUUCCUUUUCCCAACUACAGACCCAGAUCCAUCACUCCUUGAUUUGCAUUAUAAUUGCUGCUGCAAUGUUUUUACCAGUGAGCAACGCGGCAGAACGGUCUGAUACCACUUGCGCUGCGGUAGAAGGA